AUGCCUGAUGUUUCAUCUUAUAUAAAAAUCAAUGAUAAAAUCAGUAGAGAAGGUGUGGUAUCCUACACACCGAUACCUGGUAUCGUACACAAUCAUCCAAAGCCCGACAGCAUUGUUUGUAGGAAAGGAGUGCUAUAUGGGAUGAUUCUGCUAGCUUGGUUGGCAGGGGCCGCUUGUUUAAUUUAUAUGACGUUAAUUGUGAGGCCAGCAUGUGAUCAUCAAGGUUUGGACAUGAAAAUGUGGGAAAAUUAUAAAAGCGUGCAUGGAAAGAACUACACCAUGGAAGAGGAUGAGAAGCGAAUGUGCAUAUUUCUAGAAAAUAUGAAGGAGAUAGACUACCACAACAAACUCUUUGAAAUUGGAUUUGAGUCUUAUAAAAAAGAAAUGAACAAGUUCUCGGAUUUUACUCCUGAGGAAUUGGACGGAAUGAAAUGUUUCCAAGGAGAUUUUAAACGCCCCCCUUCACAACACGUAUUCUCUUUUCGCGAAGGCGCACCCUAUCCACAGAACCUAGACUGGAGAUCGAAAGGGGCAGUAACCGAAGUCAAGAACCAAGGACAGUGUGGUUCUUGUUAUGCAUUCUCUGCUACUGGCUCCUUGGAGGCACAACAUUUUAUCAAGACUGGGAAAUUAGUCUCCCUCAGCGAACAGAACAUAGUGGACUGCUCUGGACCACAACGUAACAGGGGCUGCAAGGGAGGAAACAUGAUGAACUCGUUCCGCUACAUCAUGCAGCAUGGGAUAGAUACCGAGAAGUUUUAUCCAUACGAAGGAAAGGAAGGUACUUGCAGAUUUCAGAUAAGUGAAGUUGGAGCAACCGUGACGGGAUACGGAAGUAUAGACCCUUUCGAAGAAGCUCUUAAGGCAGCUGUUGUUGAUAUAGGCCCGAUAUCAGUUGGCAUCCAUGUCAGUAAAAAUUUCUUCCAAUAUAAAACAGGUAUCUUCCAAGAAGACAACUGCGACCCCUAUGACCUGAACCAUGCCGUCUUGGUCGUCGGCUACGGCAUAGAUGGAGAUCAGGACUAUUGGCUUGUGAAGAACUCCUGGGACAAGACUUGGGGGGAGGAUGGCUAUAUAAGGAUGGCCAGGAACCAGGGUAACAUGUGCGGUAUUGCAACUAUGGCCAGUUUCCCGUUUCCUUAA